AUGGUAUAGGUAUAUAUGAUACUCUGGUUUUCUCGCACUGCCAAGAGAGUAUUAGCAUCCAGCAGAGAAGAAAAUCAAGCUCAAGCACAUUCAGUUGUUGACAUGAUGUAUUGCAAGAACUUGUACACCUGUGCUGUCCUCGGCGCCUUACUCCUGGUGCUGGCGCCCAUCCACCGGGUUAAAGGCGAAGAAGAAGGGGCACCCACUGAAGCUUGUGCUACCAUGACCCCUGGACAUCCAUUCGAUCCGCAACUUCUCAGCUCGGCUCCGUUCAAGACUGAAAUUCCGGCCGGGAACUCGAUCCCAAUGGGUGACACCGUGAAGAUUGAACUACGCGCGCAGAAUUCAUUAAUUCCGUUCAAAGGUUUCCUUGUGAUGGCAUUCGACGUGAAAGAUUAUACUAAACCCAUCGGCACAUUUAAACUUCCCAGCGACGGAAAAGUCAUCAACUGCCUGCAGGGCGUUGGGAAUGCGGCUACGCAUAAGUGGAAUAACGACAAGAAAUUGGUGACAAUCGACUGGAUCCCGCCCACUUCAAAUUACACGGGCACCGCAAAAUUCAUGACCACUUACGUACACAACAUUUCAACAUUUUGGGUCAAGACGGAAUCGAUUCCCGUUUCUUCUGUGGCGGAUAUUCCGACAGCCAAUCCCAGCCAGCCAUCGGUGGCAGUGACACAACCAACGGUGGCCAACACCCCCAAUUCCGCCCCCCCCCCCAUCCAUCGACCGGCAGUUUCAUGUGGGCUGGUCUGAUGGCCGCUGCUACCUCGUUAUUACUUAUCCCUUCCAGACAAUUUCAACUGUUGGUUUGAUGGCAUCACCAGGUGCGGACAGCACACGACUGGGCGUGAAUUCCAAUCGUUCGCGGUAUUUUUUAUUCACGCAACCAUGACAAAUUUCAAAGUUAGCCAAAAGAAUGUAUUAGCAUUUAGCAAUGGAAUAAUAAACAUAAUAUAGCAUACCUGAAA